AUGGUUUAUCUCGCUGCUGUUCCGAAAGCUGAUCGUGUCCAAUAUCGUUUGUUCUACACAAGAUGGAUGUAUUAUGUUAUUCUGCCACAGCAGUACAAAUCACUAAAGCAGUAUGAAGCUGUGGAGAUUUUUGGUCACAGAGGUCUACAAUUUUUUCUCAACUUUGCUUUCAGUGAUCAAGGAGGAGAUAUUCAGUCUGUACCCGAUCUGCGCCAGUUCCUGAGCUCUUUGCUGAGUUUUAUGGAGAUGUCAACAAAGACACCCAUAAAAUUGAAAAUGGCUCUCCCCGAUGGCGUGGACCUUCCAAAAUUCUGCCGUCUUAGUGAAAAAGAUACUUCUAUUGAAGAUCAGUCAGCCCGGCAUCACUCUGAAUCUGGUGUGUCGACCGAUCUGUUCUUGAAGGCCAUAGUGAAGACGGUUAAUGAUGCUCGAAACGAACCCGACAUGGACCAAUCAGACGCAAUAAAUCUAGAUGUCUGUAGAGGAGAGGCUGCACGAAUCGAAGAGAAGAAUGGAAUUAUCGAAUUCAAGGUUAUCGGAAAUUCGCUGGAACCUUUCCAAGACCGAGAAACUACGGUGUCAUUGUUACAACUGCAAAGCUUAUUUUCUGUUCAGCUACCAAAAAUGCCAAAGGAAUACAUAACCCGAUUAGUUUUCGAUGACAGGCAUAGGAGUAUGGUACUGCUGAAGAAGGGCGAGUCAUUCUUAGGUUCCGGUAAGGGAGUGAUCGGUGGGAUAUGUUUUCGUCCAUUCUCUACACAAGGCUUCAUUGAAAUAGUGUUCUGCGCAAUCACGGCAAAUGAACAGGUAAAAGGUUACGGUACGCACUUAAUGAAUCAUCUGAAGGACUAUCAAGUGAAAUGUGGAAACUACCAUUUGCUGACUUUUGCUGACGAGUUUGCUAUUGGAUAUUUCAGAAGCUCAACGGCCGAUAAGUGGAGCUGGCCGUUCCUAGCGCCAGUUGAUGGAGAAAUGGUAAAAGGUUACGGUACGCACUUAAUGAAUCAUCUGAAGGACUAUCAAGUGAAAUGUGGAAACUACCAUUUGCUGACUUUUGCUGACGAGUUUGCUAUUGGAUAUUUCAGUAAGCAAGGAUUUUCUGAGAAAGUGGAAAUGCCCAAGAAACUGUAUCAAGGCUACAUCAAAGAGUAUGAGGGUGCCACUCUAAUGGGAUGCCAGCUCCAUCCCCAGAUGAAGUACACCGAAUUCUCGUCGUAUAUGAAAUCUGUUCGCGAUUUGCAACAAGCCAUGAAUGAAGGUCAUAAUAUUGUCCGAUUCAAAGAAAUACCUGGUCUCGAAUAUUACGACGAUGACGAUAAUCCUGUGAAAGACGACGAUUUGGAAAGUAAAAUGAAGCUUAUUCUGAAGAAGCUCAACGGCGAUAAGUGGAGCUGGCCGUUCCUAGCGCCAGUUGAUGGAGAAAUGGUCCCUGAAUACUACGAUUAUAUCGAAUACCCGAUUGAUCUCAAAACUAUGUCUGAACGCAUUCGAGCCAAAUACUACGUCCACCAACACUUAUUUAUUGCCGAUUUAUGCCGCAUGUUCGCAAAUUGCUACAGUUUCAAUGGCGUAGAUACGGAGUAUUACCGAUGCGGGUACCGCUUGAAUAAGCUCGCCUUGGAGUUGGUAACGAAGUAUUUUCCAUCAUCUCCUCUUCGGCCUACACUACCUGAUUUGAAACCUGCUCUUGAUGAACAUUGA